CGUACUGUACUCACACUGGACUCAGAGGAAGGUUUGUUUACUACGGCAGGAGCAGAAACAUGAAAUUUUUCCAUGACACCACCUCUUUUCUUCUCUACCUGGUAAUACUGGCUGAGCUAUUUGUCCAUUCGUCAUCCCGUCCCACCCCUUGUCCGUACAGCGUGUUUGAACCAAUGAUUCAUCACUUGGACAAGAUCAUCACCUCCUCCAAAAAACUCCAUGGUUUGCCAGAAGCCGAGCUUGUGACCUUCAUGGACAUAGAACACAAACUGGACAGUCUUCCUGUAAUAAAACACACUGCUGCCCAUCUCAACUCGUUGAAGGUUAACGAGUCUCUCUCUCAGCUCUACGUGUACGUCGAGUCCUUCAGGCUGCACACCAAGUGGUUGAAAACUGCACAAGUAAAUGUCAGUGUGCCCUUUCAGGCAGCUGAGGGCGCCAGCAACCACCUCGAGCAAUUGUCCGAUCUCACUAAAAAAUUUCUAGAAAAGAUCGGUGAACAAGUUCCUCAGACGGCGUCUCCCUCCCUCCCGGUCGUCUCCACAGCCUUCGAGGCUCUCAGGUUCUCUGUAGAGAUCUCAGACCGGCUACAAGUCUUCUGUCACUGGUCAAAAAGAAUCUUACGGCAACUCCAGAGACGAUCCCCCUGUCCAAAACAUUAAACUCAAUCCUCCAAGACAAAACUAGUGAUGUCUUCCUACAUAACCACUGUCAUGUUUUAUGAUUUUCCCUUCAGCAUUUGAGCUGGACUAAAAAAUAUUGAAUAUUUGAUGUCAUA